AUGAGUUCAAACUACUAGUAAAGGCGAAAUAGUUUAAAUAGGUCAUUACAGUUUGAGCAAUAAGGGUAGUAAUCUUAUCCUUCUGAUUUUAUGGUUAAUGAAAAUGAGGUAAACUAAAAUUAUAACAGCGGCCACCAUAACAGAUUUGCUAGGAUUAUACAUAACAAUUACAAUUCAAAUGCUCAUAAGAACUCUAUGUCUUAUGACAACCACUAUGCGACAUUAGAUGAGUCUGUUCUUAAUUAUACAAACAACUCCAAGAUUAAUUCAGGAAAUAAUGGCGGUACUUACAUAACUCCUAUAAAAAAUAUACUUCUUUAAAAAAUGAAUAACCUUGGCAAUAACUUAACAACUUCUUCUAACAAUAACAACUAUUAUAUUUACAAUAACAAUAUGGUUAGCUUGUCUUUAGAAUAGCCUAAGAGGAUAAAACCAAAAAAAAACAACUUCAAAAGUAGCUUAACGCAAGCAGAAAAAGUUUAUAGUUCAGGAGGUAGUAACAAUAAUUGUAAUAACAUUAAUAAUAUUCUUGUAAAACCAAAUUAAAUUCCGACCCACUGCACUUCUAAAGAGAAAAAAAGUAAACUUGAUAUAGAGAGUUUGUAAAACAGAAUACUCAAUGAGGGUGUAAGAGGUUAUACAGUUAAAGAUUCUUUUAAUAAUAUUGUUGUUAAUUAUGCACCUAACAUAAAUUAAAUAAUUCCUACAACAAAAUCAUCAGCUAAAUUAUCUUAAAAUAAUAUCAAAAGUGGGAUUUAGUAAAACUAAAUACCUUCAAGCACGAGGUAAAUUAGCAACCAAUAGCAAUAUUCUAAUAAUGCUAAGGAUAUAGUGUCAAAUUUAAAUAGAUCAAUACAAAAAACUGAGGCUGAUAGGGCUACCAAUUUGACUAUGGCAAGUGCAAGUAAAAAUAGUGAUAAUUUGAAUACAACAAUGACUAAUAAUCGCUGUUCAAGUGUGAUGAGCUUCCAUGAAGAAAUAAUUAAUCCCCAAAGUGGAGGAUAUACAAACUAGAUAUUAAAUACAAUUGAUACAUCUUCAAAUAUUUUAGAAAAUUUAAUGGGAAAUGAAAAUGAAUCACAAAAAUUCAAAGAGAAAAAAAGUAAUAAUAAUGGAGUAUAAGCUAAACCUCUACAAGUUUAACAGGGAAACCAAAUUUUUUUGAAAUAGAGUGAAAUUAAUUACAUAAAUUCUAUUAAAUAAAAAAUGAGUUAAGGAGAUAGCAAUUAAUCUGUUAGUGCUAGAUAUUAAAGUUAAUCUUAAUCAACGAAUUAACAAUAAUAAUAAAAUCAAGAUCAUAAAUCUCUUUAUAAUGUACAAAGAAAUAACCGAUAUGGAGAUAUUGUUGGGUCAAAUGGAGAGUAAACCUCAAAAAGCAACAAUAGCAUAAAAUCGAUUCUAACAGAAAAGAGAAAAUAUAAGAUUGAUGAAAAUAAAUAAAUAUAAAUAAAUUCUAUAAAUAUAUCUUAUAAUUAGCUUAAUAGAGGUAGCAACCCUUCAGCUCCAAACAGCUCUUCAUAAGGUUAAAAAUUUAUAUUAAAAGAAAAUAAUCCUAACAUAACUUUAGAUUCUUCUUUAGCUUUUGAGGGAUAAAAGAUCAAUUUUGACAACUACAACAUUCAUAGUAAUCAUGGAAAUGGAUCUGGUAACUCUUUACAAUAAGGCAAGCAAAGUAAUAACAGCCUAUAUAAUUAAUAGCAAUAAAUGAUAAAUAACAGAUAUAAUCACCACAUAUAAUUGUAGCUUGGAAACGCAAAUAUACCUAGCACCAACAAUCACACAUCCAAAUCUAUCAAUAUUGUAAAUAGAACAAGUAAUAUGACAACAACUACAAACUAAAAUAAUUAAAAAAAAAGAGAUUUUACAUACGAUUCCAUUUAAUACGAUCAAUUACCUUCUCAUUAAUAACAAUAAUAAUAGUAUAGUUUUAUCUUAAAUCCUAACACCAGUGCUCAAUUUAAUACAAUCAGUCAUAAUUCCGGUGGUCUCAGCUCAGGAAAAGGAAGUACAACAGGAGCUAAAAGGAAAAAAAUAUAGAUCCACUCUAAACUUCUAAAUAGCAGUAUUAACAAUAUUACAAAUAAUAAUUCUACUGCUAUUGGAGUUGAAUCUACAUCUUCUUCGGUAGCUAAAUAAAAAACACCAGAAAAUAAUGACCGUUCUGGACUUUCUUCUUAGUUACAAAAGGUUUACAAGGUGACAUCUUCUUAGAUAUCUUAGAAUUAAAACUUAGUAUUCCUUCUGCAAAAAGUAAAAGAGUGCUUUUCUAGAUUUAAAUCAAGAUAGGAUUAAAUAACUAAUGGAGGAAUAGAUAAAAUUCAAAUGGAAUAAAUAGUUAAUAAAUAUAAUUUUCAAUAUAACAGUAAAUCUCCUAAUAGAAUAAGCUAAAGUGAUAGAUGUACGCCACAUUCAAAUGAUUUAAACAAUUAAAAUUAAAAUAAGUAAAACUUAGAUAAAUAACAAAGCUCUUAAAACAGCAAGAAUUGCGAAGAUGUUAAAAAAGAAAUUAACGAAAUAUCGAAAACAUUAAAUUCUAACAAUAGCUAAAAUAUUAAUUAAUUCUACAAAGUACAGUAAAAAUCCGCUUCAAGCAUAAUUAAGAACGAAUUCAAAGAUAACAAAAGUAAUUAAACUUAGUAUAAAUAUCAUAAAAUAGGAAUAAAUAUUCUUCAUAGGCUCUUUAAAAAGAAAUAUUCUUACUAAUUUUUUAUUCAACUAAUUAAAGAUUAAAAUAAAAGCCACUUCUCUUGUUGA